CUUCCCACGCGUUCUGUGCAGUGUUCUCUGUUUGUUGGGGGCUUUUUGACAGAAGAAAUACAAUGCCUCUUCGGACAGCUGUUUGUAGGGUUAGUACCCCUUUGAGGAGUAUUCUACGACCCCAAACUAUCACGUCCAAUCGAGCAUAUGCUGCUGUCGCACAGGCUCGAUCGGUGCUUGAAAAUGAACUCGAUACGAUCCGAGCUGCUGGUACGUGGAAGGGAGAAAGAGUGAUUACGUCCAAACAGGGACCACAUAUCAACGUGGACGGCAGUCGUGCGGAAAUACUGAAUUUCUGUGCCAACAACUACCUUGGGCUGUCCAGUCACCCGGAGGUGGUACAGGCAGGGAUUGACGCGUUGAAGAAAUACGGAGCAGGUUUAAGUUCUGUCCGAUUCAUCUGCGGCACUCAGGACCUCCAUAAGGACCUGGAAAAGAAGCUGGCCCUAUUCCACGAAAGAGAAGACUGCAUCCUAUAUGCGAGCUGUUUCGAUGCUAAUGCUGGUCUAUUUGAGGUUCUGCUGGGCCCAGAUGACGCUGUUCUGUCGGACGAGCUGAACCACGCGUCUAUCAUUGACGGGAUCAGACUAUGCCGUGCCAAGAGGUUCCGCUACAAACAUAUGGACAUGAAUGACUUGGAGGACAAGCUGAAGGAGUCGCAGUCAUCGCGACUGCGGCUGGUGGUGACAGAUGGCGUGUUCUCCAUGGAUGGGGACGUGGCUCCCCUGAGGGAGAUCUGUGAUCUGGCAGAGCAGUAUAAAGCUAUGGUCUUCAUCGAUGAAUGCCACGCCACGGGAUUUCUCGGCUCCCGGGGCAGAGGCACAGAUGAGUUGCUUGGGGUGAUGGACAGAGUGCACAUUGUGAACUCCACCCUGGGAAAGGCUUUGGGUGGAGCAGCAGGUGGAUACACAGUUGGCCCUAAACCUUUAAUCGACUUGCUGAGGCAGCGUUCUCGUCCAUACCUCUUCUCUAACUCUCUCCCCCCUCCUGUUGUGGGCUGUGCCACCCGGGCUGUGGAACUGCUGCUGGCGUCCAAUGAAAUUGCUCAGAGCAUGGCAGCCAAAACCAUGAGGUUCAGAAACGCCAUGACCCAGGCUGGGUUCACCAUUUCAGGGACAACUCACCCCAUCUGUCCCGUCAUGCUUGGGGACGCCCGUCUGGCCUCCGUCAUGGCGGACGACAUGCUCAAACUGGGUGUGUACGUCAUUGGGUUCUCCUAUCCAGUGGUUCCGAAAGGCAAAGCCCGCAUACGAGUCCAGAUCUCAGCCGCUCAUACAAACGAGGACAUCGAUCGCGUUGUGGAUGCCUUCAUCCAGAUAGGUCGGAAACAUGGCGUGAUAUCGUAAAAUACGGUAUAGCCUUGAGAAGCGUUUGUGGGGGGGGGGGGCCGGGGAGGGGGGUGAAGUGCCAGUGAGAAGGAGCGCUAAAAUAACAACUGCUUCGCCACAGGACAGACUGUUACAGUCCGAAUUGCAUUUUUAUGCAUUAGUAUGUAUGAGACAAAGAGAACGACAUUUUGUUACUGUCGAGAUGGAGGUCAAUGAUGCUGUGUUUGCUGUUUUUUUUUUUCUUCUUCCUAAGAGUGAUGACAGAAUAAAGGCAAGUUGUUUACAGUG